AUGCUUAUUCCAGACUCUAUCGAUCUAGUCGGCGCCGGAGAACCCCUCCUCGGCCACAUCCACCCCCGAUUAAAUUCGCAAUCCCACUUCCCUGAUUUCCCUACGAAUUGUGACCUUACGCACUUCCAGCAGGGCAACUCUCUUUACCAAAACGCUUUCACCAGCACAGCGUUCAUUCAGACUCAUCGUUACAAGCCAAACUUCGCUUAUCCAACCACUGCAUGCAUCAUCGAUCCCGAGAUACCAGCCUUACCUGCCAUCACCAAAGCUUCGUUCAUUGAGCUCUCCACCUCCGCAAGCAAAGAAGCCCGAACCGUCACAAUUUCUUCCCAACUUCGCAUCCAGUCUAUACUCUCUCCCGCGUCGGAUUCCGAUGACGCACCUACAGCGUCCUCUACUCACACCACGCCGAAGAGGAGAUAUCAAGAAACAUUUUCGCCUUCGGAGAGAACCUCCGCGCCCCCCGCUGUAGCAGAGCCCGCAGAUAGGCAAGCUUCGGGAGGGGCCAGAUUUCACACUUCCGUCCUGCCCGACGACGAUGACUUGAGGCCGAUCUUGGCGGGAGGCACAAGUGCCAAGAGGCCCUCUAGAGCCAUGCGGCCGCCGAUGAGAUCCAGCAUAGCUUGUUUGAGAUGCAGGAAAUCCAAAAUCAAAUGCGACAACGACAAUACUGGAUCGCCUUGCGACACGUGCAUCAAGGCAGGACACAAGUGUGAGUUUCCUGAUCCAACACCUCUUCCGGCGAAACGAUCAGAACCGCCGACUGCGCCGAAGCAGGAAAGGGAAGUCGGGCAUGACCGGAAGCGAGUGAAGAAGCUCGAGGAUGCCACGUCCUCUGAUGGACGUACUGUCGCUGCGCUUGCUCAGGAAGUGCUUUCGGCGCCCUAUCUUACCGUCGACUUGUGGCAUCAACUCUUCGACAUAUAUAAGCUGCACUUCGCUACCGAACUCCCGUUCUUACAUCUCCCGACUCUCAAGGGUAUCAUUCACGACAAAGACAUCAAGAAGCCGUCAACCGAAUCAAAUCUGAUCCUUUUGGGCAUUCUGGCUCUCACUGCAAGAUUUCAUCCCGACUUGGUCAAAUAUGUGGCGCACAUCACACAUGACAAAAUCGCCGGCCCAAAAUCUCGCGGUGCUCUACCCAGGCCGGAGCCAUCAAUGGCCUCAGAGUACUUCGCAAACGCUCUUACAAAGGCACUGGGACAACUCGAAUCAGCCCUGACAUCAGCUACUGUCGUCCGUGUCCAAGCUUUUCUCAUGCUCGGCUUGUACAAAUGGAGCCAGCCGAACGGCGGCCUAGCGGCAUGGAUGUAUGUUGGCGUUGCCAUACGGAUGGCUCAAGGCUUGAAAUUGGGGUUCGGAGACAAGCCUUUGAGAGGGAGGAGAAAUUUGACUCUGUCUCCUCGGUCGAGUAAAUCUACUCAACUACCCUCAGACCGUUGGAAAGACCAGGAGAUUAGGCGUCGUACCAUGUUCAGUUGCUUGAUACUGGACCGUCUUUUGUCCUGCGGAUCUGAUCGGGUUUCCAUGGUUCGGUCCGACGAUCUUCAAAUCCAGCUGCCAUGCACUGAACACGCCUUCGACCUAGGCCGCGUUGUCUAUACCGGAUUCUUACGACAGGUGGGACAUGGCAUGGAGCCACCAAUCGAUGACAGUGUCUUGAGUCGAUUCGUGCAACUAGCAGAUUUCUGGGGCGAUAUCACCAAGUACAGUUUCGCGGGCGGCCGCCAUACGGAAUCCCUUCCGCCGUGGGACCAAGAGUCGACUUUCUAUCAACUGAAUAAGAAGGUAGAUGCCUUUUAUGCUCACCUUCCGGAAGAGUUCACCUGGUCUAGCUCGAACUUCUGGAAACACGACAACAGCAUGUAUGUGUCACUUCACAUGCUGGGUGCCCUUUGCAAAAUCAUGCUGCAUCGCGAAUACAUCCCGUUCAUCGCCAUCAAAUGUUCCGAGCCGGUUGGUCCUCUGGACGAGCCCGUCUUUGACCCCGAAACUGUUCCCGACCACUUUUGGGAGCGAAGCGCAGAGCAGGUUUUCAAGGCUGGAAGGGAAAUCAUCGACCUCAUCUCGACAUGCCGGGACAAGCUUCCUCAUUCGUCACUAGUCAUAUUCGCAAUUUGGCAAGCAGCGUUUGUUGGAAUAUACGCACGGCACUAUCCCCACAUGGAUACUCAAAACCACAUGGUCAGCAAACAGGAGAUCGAAGAACGGAAUUCAGGAGCCAUGUCUGAAAACACGCAGACGGGGAACACCAGUAUCGCUUUCCAAGCAUUGACCAAGGUUGCACCUUACUUCAGCAUGGCCUCCAAUUACGUCACGUAUUUCAAGGACAUUGAUCAGUAUCUCACCAAGGUCUACUCCGACUACACAAAUCGAGGUUCGAAGAAGAGCGGAGAUGGUUCUCUGACCAUUCGACUGGGAGGAGGUGGCGGCGGACUGGAAGAGUGGAGGGCAAAGGCCGACAAGAUUACGAGCAACGGCAUCAUCAUGGACGACGACCGUCCAACAGCCUACGACGGCUCUGAUGGAUCGCGGGCUAGCACAUUGGAAAGAAGCUCUUCCUUGGGACCUGAGUAUUCUCAUCUCAGCGGGAGCGGUUCGGACAGCCGGAGGGAUUCCCGCCAAGCAUCGUCAUUUACCGCCAUCAACGCCGCCGCAUUCCACCAGCAAGCCGGUCACGAAGGCUAUGCCGGAGGCAUUCCACAUCACUCACCAUCUCAGGGCUUCCCGCCAACUCCCGGCUCCCUAUCAAACGAGGCUGCGAUGGCUAAUGUCAAUGCCGAGACAGUCAGCAUCGAUUCAUAUGUGCAGCAGAACCAGGGUCAGCGAUUCGGCACUAUGCUUGAGGACAUUCAGGAAUUCACGACGGGCGGUAUGGUCUGCGCGCCCAAUAUUGGUGACUGGGACAUGCUCAAGCCCCCCUUCUACACGCAGAUGGCCGGUGGCAACCCGUUGCCCCAGUUCAGCGGGAGUUAUUCUUGA